AUGACGUUACAGCAGAUCAAGAAGUGGCCUUACACCGUGGCUUCCACGACGGGCCUGAUAGACUCGCACUGCCACCUGGACUACCUGUUUAGCAAGGCGAAUCACUUCGGGAGCUACGCCGACUACCGACGGGACAACCAGCACACCUUCCCGGACUGCUACGAGGGUUGUGUGGCAAAUUUUUGCAACCCGGUCACCUUCAAGCUGGAGUACAUGUGGGACGCGUUGCUCUCCGAGGACCACGUGUGGGGCGCGUUUGGCGUCCAUCCCAAGAUGGCGGACGAGUACAACGACCAAAUCGAGCAGCAACUACUGCACGCGCUGCAGCACCCGAGCGUAGUGGCGUUCGGCGAGAUCGGCCUUGACUACUCCAACAAGAACCGCGACGAACAGCAGCAGGUGUUCCGCACGCAGCUGCAAUUGGCCACUAGCCGCGGCCUGCCGCUGGUCAUUCAUUCGCGCAACGCCACUGCGGACACCAUCCGCAUCAUGCGCGAGAUGGUGCCCGCGAACUACAUGAUCCACGUGCACUGCUUCAAGGGCAACUGGAACGAGGCAUGCCAGUGGCUCGACCCCUUUCCACACCUCUGCCUCGGACUGACGCCCAAGCUGGAGCAGUCGGGAGAGCUGGCCGAGGCCGCGCGCAGCAUCCCACUGGACCGGCUGCUUCUGGAGACCGACGCGCCAUUCUUUCUGCCCAAGGAUGAGAAAGGAAAGAGCAACGUCGCCCACCCAGGGAUGGUCAUCCACGUGGCCACGCAGCUGGCUAACAUUCGAAACGUCACCGUCGACGAGGUCCUGGAGGCCGUGCGUCAGAACACGACACGCGUGUACGGCAUCUGA